GAAUACUGAAUCCUGCAAGCCCCCAUGCAGUUAGAGUUAAACAGUUGAGAUCCGAAAUUUCGCGCUGUUUACAUAUUCCUCCACGAGUUAUUUUGAACUUGAAACUGGCUUUUCAUUCCCCAUACACGCCAAUCUUCUUGUCACCCUCAUUCACUCGCUGCACUUCAUUAUCUAUAUUCUAGUCAUAGAAACAACCUCCACUUCAAAAUAAGAGAAGCAGGAUGGGCAGGAUGGAGCAUAUGGCGCUGAAAGUGGAUCCUGCAAUGGCCACUUUGAUAGAUUCCGACGUAUAUGAGCUCAAACUUGCAGCCAAGAAGCUCAUCAACGAUGCCACCAAGCUAGGAGGCUUGCGCUUUGGCACUUCUUUUCUUAGAUGGCUAGCCUCCUUUGCUGCUAUUUACUUAUUGAUACUGGAUCGCACAAACUGGAGAUCAAAUAUGCUGACUUCAUUAUUGGUUCCCUACGUGUUCUUCAGUUUUCCAGGGUCACUUUUCCACUUUUUAAGAGGAGAGGUUGGGAAAUGGAUUGCUUUCAUCGCCGUUGUCCUUAGACUUUUCUUCCCUCGACAUUUCCCUGAUUGGCUGGAAAUUCCUGGUUCGUUGAUCCUUUUGUUGCUGGUGGCUCCUAACUUCUUUGCUCUCGCAUUGAGGCACAGCUGGGUUGGAAUAGUGAUAGACCUUAUCAUUGGCUGUUACCUGCUUCAAGAACAUGUCAGGGCUUCUGGUGGAUUCAGGAAUUCUUUCACGCAGAGCUAUGGAAUAUCUAAUACCAUUGGCAUCCUCCUUCUCUUAGCUUACCCUGUGUGGGGCCUGGUUAUCCAUUUUUUAUAGAAGUAUUGCAAUCAUCAACACUGAUAAUACUUUCCUUCUGGCAGAUUCACAGCAUGUGUGUUUUAUGACAAAUUUGCCUUUAAGAGCCGACCAGUUUGUCACUGAUGAGGCUGUUCUUUCAAUAAU